UCCUAUUACUGAUGUCAGGCGACCCUUAGUGAAUAUUUUUGUUUGGUUUCAUCAAAUAUCUUUUCCUUAUUUGCGGAUACAGUCAAGUUCAACGCCAAGGUUACGUAAGCUUUCCAUUGUCAUGAUACCUAUAUGUUUAGAUGGUGUAACAUCUUGACCUAACGUCGCCUACGAAAUGGAUCCGAAGAUCAAUCUAGCAAAGCACAUAUCUCUCCAACGCGCAGAUGGUGUUUCUGGGGUUUGGCAGUUACCAAUUCGUGAAUCAUUUGAUAGUGGUACCGCGUACCGCGAAGGUGUGAGUUUUGGAGGCGGUUGACCGGCAAACAAAAACAAACCAUUUCGAUGAACUGCAACAUUAAAACCGCCACAUUUGUUUGGUGUUUGGUGCUCUUGGGACAUAUUGAUCCAGUGGUGUCAACAAUCAGAGAUUGUCUUACGAAUAUCAAACUGCCGAAACUGUUCGAGUACGAUGACUUCGACGAGUGCAGAACAUGGAACCCUAGUUUUCGAUACUGUGUUGUUCAAGCUGUUAUUCAACCAGACAACACUUCCCCUAUAUGGCAGAAUAUCAGUGUUAUAUCGGCCAAUAGACGUAAUUUUCCGCACGAUCAACUGGAGAGGGGAUUAUGUUUACAAAGAUGUUUGAAUCAGCUUGCUGUCUCACAUCAGAUAUCAGUUGGUUUGGUCGAAUCAAAUCUGAUUACGGAACAUGAACAAAAUGCAUAUUUUGGCCAAUGCCUAAACCUGGAACUCGAAACUUCUUACAACUUGCAUGCAACUACAACCGUUAUGAACUGUAUCACAGAAGAUGAUUUUCGGAUAUCUUUAGGUGCAGCUGAGAUAGUAUUCAUUGGGAUGGUUGUGUUGAUUAUACUACUAAUUGCAAUUGCUACUGCACGGGAUUUAAGGGGAGAUCUCAAAAAUCAAUAUGAUGCCGCCAUUCAGUCAUUCUCAAUAUCCCGCAACAUUCGCAAACUUUUGGACUGCGAAAAAACUGACGGCAAUCUUGCGUAUUUGGAUGGAUUUCGCGUAAUAUUCACGAUCAUCAUACUUGUUGUCCACUCAUCAUUGCCAAUGAUUCGAAUGCCUCUCAAAAAUGUUGAAGAUUUCGAAGCACAAACGAACAGCGCAAUCUUUCCCGUCAUCAAUUCCUUGAACACGCACAUGAUCACGUUUUUCUUCGUAUUGGGUGGAAUGGUGCUAUCGGUCGGUUUCCUAAAUCACAUCGACAGAUCGAAAGGAUUCACGCUUCGGUACCAAUGGAAGAAACUGCUCAAUCGUUUGGCGCGCCUUUUGCCGGCUUAUGCAUUCAUCAUCUUCUACCAGGCGACGGUUUUCAAGUGGACAAAGAAGACCCCUGUUGCUUUUAAAUUUGUCGACUAUUGCAGCGAACAUUGGUGGUCCAAUUUGUUAAUGAUUAACAACGUCGUGCACCUCAGCGAACCGUGUCUUCAGUACGGGUGGUAUCUGGGAGCAGAUUUCCAAUUGUUUUUGAUUGGAUUGGGCAUCAUGACAUCGAUUUGGAGGUUUCCAGCUCUUAAGAAAAUUUGCAUUGGCGCAAUGCUCAUCAUAGCUUUUGCGGUGCCUGGGAUUGUGAUCUAUUUGGAGAAACUUGACGCAACCAUGUCGUUCGAUAUGAGACAUGCACUCAACCAGCUGCGGGAAUACAAGGAAUUUCUAAGAUAUUACACUCCGUUUUACACGAAUGCUGGAACAUACUUCUUCGGCAUGAUUGCAGGGAUGGUGUACCAUCACGUUUCGAAAAACAGUAUAUCCGUUGCUAGUCGCUAUACGAAACAGGCGUUCCAAUAUGUUUUUGUGCUACUUAUCGUGUUAAGUGCAUUCCUGGUGAUUCUACCUUGGAUUAAGGUGGAAAAGCCAUCUAUUUUUCUAUCCAUAUACGGAUCCGCCCUGAAGGCAGUGUGGGGCAUAACACAUGCCACUGUAUUCUUGAUGUACGCCUUCAAGACUGAUUCUGUACAGGUUGCCUUUCUGGAGCACCCCAUACUUAGAGUACUGGCGAAGCUCAGUUACUCCAUCUACAUAGUGCAGUACUCGAUCAUCCACAUGGUGUACAGCAACUUGAGCGUUCCUAUUCGGUACGAUAUGUUCAAUACGGUAUUGAUAACGUCCGCAAAUAUUCUCAUCACGUUUUGCUGUGCAAUAUUACUACACCUCGCAGUUGAGGUACCCUUUGCAACUAUUCUGAAGAAAGUGAUAGAUGGAAAAAUAAGAAUAACUAAUUUUUCAAUAAAAGACCAAAAACUCUCUUAAUCAGCCGGAUAUUGGCAGAUCAAUUGUGUCAGAUUAAAAAUGUACAUAUGUUAGGAUUUAGGUAUUUAUAUGAUCAUUUUGAAGUGACAAUCUGAUUGAAUCAUUAAUGAAUGAAUCCACACAUAAAUAAGAACCGUUUUUUUGUGUUAUUAAAAUAAAUUUGAAAAUGUUUUCAUCUUUUUAAGAUUACACAAAAAAGAACAGCUUUUCUCUCUUGUACCAGAGUAGAAGAGAUAAAAAAGCAGCUAAUAAGUGAUAAGAUGUUGUUUUUUAUACGAC